AUGACUGUGCGCACAAAGAUUUUACUCCCUCUCCGUGGACGCGCCGUCGCUCGAUCUUUCUCCGUCUCCCGUCCCCGCUGGGAGGCCGCGCCGUUGCCACCGCGCAAGCCUGUUGGCGCUUUCCGAGGAGGACUCUUCGGCUUUCUGACCGGCGCAGUUGUAGCCGGCGCGUCCGUGUACUACUAUGUGCUUGGAGAUUACCGCAUCUCCAACGAGAUGCUGAAUGACGAUAUUACUGCUCUUCAGCAUGCCACCAUUAAGCUUCAGUCAUACAUUACGGAGCUAGAGUCUCGGGUGGACCAGUUGAAGAAAAAAUGA